CUUCCUGAAUGAUUCUACAGGGAAUUCUGUCUUUUUUGCUCUUAGUUAGCUUUAAGGUAAGCGUAUAUUAAUAGUAAAUGACCUUCUAGACUUAUUUUGUGUUUACGUUCAGAUAGGCGAUCACAAAUAUCCAGCUAGAGUGUAAUAAUUAGCACAAUAGCCAUGAUUAAGGAAUUCACGGUAAUCCGUUUACGUUUUUGCGCUUGACGACGAUUCGAUCUGUUCCUUCGAUUCUCAAUUUCGUGGGUUUUUUGUAUGCCAUGUACAUGUAAACCAUAACUUACGUUGGAAGAGGGGGACAUUGAGGGACUGUCAACACGGCAACACCGCAAAAAAAAAGUAAAUGAAUCUAAGCCAUUUUGAUCUAGUAGAGACUGACCACAAGAUUCUAAGAACUUUAUUUCAGUCAUGCAGAUACAUGUGUAAUUAAAGAAUGCAUGGUGGCAUUGUUACGAACUUACCAACUAGAAUUUGUUUUAAUGAUAGUGGUACAUAUGCUUUCCUUGGGUACACAUUUGUUCAUCAAAAUAUUUGUUUGUAAGUCUGCACUUUGCUUGAUACAGGAUCAAUCAAUCUUUUCUGAAGAGAAAUGAAAAGUAAAGUAUGUUAACAUGUCAGAUACUUCAACGAGGCCCUGCCAGGGGGGGCUCCCAUGUCGCUUGUCUGAAUUUUAAAACGUCUCGUGUCGGUGUUUAUUAAUGCUUCACGUCGCUGUCGGAAAUUGAACGAAAAUUCUUUGUCUUUGUCGGAAUUUUAGAAAAGGGGGAUAGCGAUGGGUUUUAAAGAAACCAUUACAGUUGAACAAUUUCUCAGUUAACCUUUCGCGUAUAGAACACCUAUACAUCUCCAUUCACAAUUAAGGGUGUGUUCCUUUCGGUGAAUCCAGAAACGGAUUUGGAUCUUAAAACGGAUUUCACGUUCCUUUCGGCAAAUCCAAAUUCGGAUUUUUGAUCUGGUGAAUCCUUUUUGAAAAAGGAUUCACAUUGGAUUUGAAAUCCGAAGAAUCCGAAUCCAGAUUAACGGAUUAGUCAUCUACGCUGUUCCAUUCACAUUCGCAAUGGAUUCGAAAUUAGUCAGAUGAUCCAGCUGUACUUCCAGUUGAAGUAUUCCCGUAGAGUUUCCUAAUUGCUGCCAUUUGCCGUAAAACAUCUGAAAACACUAGAAGAUUGUUCAUGGUGGUACAGUAGAAUGUCCGUGUGCUGACCAUUUGUCGCUAAAGAUUGCUUAAAAACACAAAUAAGUAAAAGGGGCAAAUAACUGCUAUCUUUCUACAAACUCGCUCUUGGACGCGAUAGGCAGUCGAUCGUGUUACAUAGAAAACCGAGCUAUGAAACUGGAUCAAACUGAGCCGACAACCUUUAGAUAAUUUUCAACUUUAACACGCUACUUUCUUGAUCUGUUUAUGUUCCAUCGUCGUUAUUCGAACUGCUGACCACAAAAUUCUGCCCGGUAUAAUCGCAUAAUUUGUCAAACAGUAGAAAACAUGUCAUUUCUUGAGAGGCUCAGGCUGUCAUGCAUAUUGCACGCGUUUGCGAAAGGUUACCAAGGUCACAAAUCCAAUUUCGGAUUUCACGUUCCUUUCGACCGCGAAAUCCGGCAAAUCUCGGAUCAGAAAUCCGUUUUUGGAUUCGCUGAAAGGAACACUGUCAGCACACCCUAAGUGAUCCACGUUCAACAUUUUAAGACUAACUGACCUGAUAAAUCGUAGGUGAAGGCCGGUUAACGGUGGUCUACGCUGUGCGGUGCUUAAGUUACCUGGUCCCUGGUCUCUCCACCGUCGUCACCGUCCGACAGAGGUCGACAAGGAUAUGAGAAGUUCAGAAAGAAGCAAAGUAUUCACCAUUUUCACAUAGACCAUAAUUCACCUUGUUUACCCCCCGCUUUGCAUAGCCAUUGUUUUCGAUUUCUCUUGGGACGACUGUAAUACCCUGGAGAAUUUGGAAACAUUGGUUAUGCAAAAUUCUGAGGGGGAAAACAAGGUGCGUCAUGGUCUAUAUGAAAGUAGUGAUUACAAGAGAUGUAAAGCGUGCGUAAAUUAAGCUAUUUGACGGACAACCUAGUCCCAAGGUCUCCCAGGAGUUGUGCGGGGUUGCGUAAAUGAAGACUACGCGACGGGUCAACGCGACGCGCUCAGGAGGGUCUACUAAAACUCCCUGACGAGAGACAACCUCUGAAGCGCAAGGAAAAUUGACGAAAAUUACUUCUUCUUGGCACUCAGACUGAUGAUAAAUUAGCCAAACCACCGUUCUUUGUCGCAUAUUCUCGGCUUUGCCGUCACUGUCGCAAUUUGGCCGAGGGAGGUUGUCGCUUGUCACCAUUUCGUUUUAGGCUUUGUUGCUACUUUUUGGGUCAUGUCGCUUGUCGGAAUUUACCCUGGCAGGGCCUCUUCAACACUACCUUAGCCAACAACUAAGAAGAAACUGAACUUCAUAUCAAAAAACAAAGUGAAAACUACUUCACGGUGAAACGACAACCCCUUCAAAUAUAUAUCAUCGAUAUAUAUCAUCAAUGUCAUCGAUGUUAUCUAGGGACUCUCCAUAUGAAGAAAGACUGGCGAUGCUUGGGUCGUCCCUUCUUCAAUCAAGGAGGUCUUAUCUAUCUUUACUAGAGUGCUACAAGACUACUCAUGGUUUUAAUGGCCUCAACUGUAAUGAUUAUUUUGAAUUUAAUAAUUAAAUUCAAAAUAAUCAUUACAGUUGAGGCCAUUAAGACCAUGAGUAGUCUUGUAGCACUGUAGCAAAGAUGAAUAAAUAAAACCUCCUUGAUUGAAGACUGGACCAAAAAAAAUCAAGAUCAAACCAUUCAUUUAAAUUAAGACAGCCAUUAGCUUGAUUAAAUUGUUUUUGCACUUAUUCUUUAUUAGAAUUAUUGAACAGUCAGGAAACGCUCUUCCUGAAGAGAUAGUGCACGAACAGAAUUUCAGCACAUUUUGAAGUAAACAUAGAAAGAAUUGUAAAAUUUUGUAAAUUUUUUAGCCAUUUCUUAAUUAGUCUUAAAUUGUACAUUGUACUAUAUUUAUUUUAUAUUUUACGGUGGGAGCAUCCUUGAUAGGGAUAACCUCUGAUGUUUCCUUUUAUGUAUCCUUACAUAAUAAAAUAUCUUAACUUUACCUCUCCUAGACUAAGUUUGGGAAAAUCUGUUUUUUUUUUCUCCUUCCUUGCUUGGACAUUGACUUCAUAAACUCUUGGUUAGGUAGGAGUAGUUAAUAGGGUCUUCAGGCAAGUUUGGUCACUAAGCAUUCAAUAUGACUGCUACCAAAUGUAACAAAGAUUCAGGUGAUGUGGAGAUGUCUCUCAGCUGGCAUAACAAAAGGUGUGAGGUUCGAGAAAAGUCAACGAAUUAGUAAAUUAAAUGAAAUUUUUUUGUUACUGGAGUCUGUUCUGCAGAAGUCAGAAGAAGGGACGCAGAAAAACUGCACAGCUUGAGGUCUCCGAUUUUUUGCCAGGAGAGAACCACCAGCCUGAUUUUUUUGUUUGUUAUUGAAUGAAAUUUGGAUUUUCUUCAAUUAUUAAAAAGCAGUUGAACAACAGAUUUACUGUACAUAGAAUGGAAAUUCUCUGUCUUAAAAAUUAUACCACUCCCCUCAUAAAUUGUGUACAUUUUCAGAAUUGCCUCCCCUCCCCCCAAAUAAAGCCUCUUCAAAAAAUUGGACGUCCCCCAUCCAUAACAUUUAUUUUGUUACAGUACAGUACUUAUUAGCUACAUGUACGUUACUUUGGUUACUGUACUGUUACGCACUCUUUGUCAGUUUUUUUACACACUCUUGGUCACUUGUUUUCUUUAUUGAAAGGAUGGAGAAAGGGAAAGUCAAGAAAGUGAAGCGUGAGAGGGCAUCACUUUUCAAAAGAAGAAAGCAAACUACAAGACAAGAUGCAAGGAAUGGCGAAGAUAAAAAAGCUGAUCCACAGCAUAAAGAAAUGGUUGAGAGUGACAAAGAUUAUUUGCCUGAUCUCAGCUGGCAUAACAAAAUAAAAAAAAGGUGUGAAGUUCAAGAAAAGUCAACGAAUUAGUAAAUUAAAUGAAAUUUUGUUUUUACUGGAGUCUGUUCUGCAAAAGUCAGAAGAAGGAAGACAGAAAAACUGCACAGCUUGAGGUCUCAAUUUUUUGCCAGGAAAGAACCACCAGCCUGAUUUUUUUGUUUGAAUGAAAUUUGGAUUUGCUUCAAUUAUCAUAAAGCAGUUGAACAACAGAUUUACUAUACAUAGAAUGGCAAUUCUCUGUCUUAAAAAUUGUACCACUCCCCUCAUGAAUUGUGUACAUUUUCAGAAUUGCCACCCCUCCCCCCAAAUAAAGCCUUUUCAAAAGUUUUUCGCUCCCCUGCAUAACAUUUAUUUUGUUACAGUACAGUACUAAAAUAUUAGCUACAUGUACGUUACUAUGGUUACUGUACUGUUACACACUCUUUGUCAGUUUUUUUACACACUCUUGGUCACUUGUUUUCUUAAUUGAAAGGAUGGAGAGAGGGAAAGUCAAGAAAGUGAAGCAUAAGAUGGGAUCACUUUUCAGAAGAAGAAAGCAAUCUACCGGACAAGAUGCAAAGAAUGGCGAAGAUGAAAAAGCUGAUCCACUGUGUAAAGAAAUGGUUGAGAGUGACAAAGAUUAUUUGCCUGAUGAAAUUCAUGCAGAAGAACAGAACACAGACUCCCUUGAGGAGAAUUCACAAGCAAAAUUAGGUUAGAACAUGUUUGAAUAUUAAAUACAUGUAUUUACUCUUGACAUUUGUAGCUCUUACAAUCUAACUUUGCUGUUUGUUUUUUGUGUUUACAAAGUUGAAUCCUUUCCCAGUGAUGAAAAGCUAUUAAAGGAUUUACCUUCUGAAGGUUACCAGAAAUUGGUGGAGCUUUUACAACCAUUAUCAGUCACUGGAAGAGAUUAUAGGUCAUUAGCAGACAGAAUGGGAUACUCAAAUCAGUACAUUCAGUGGCUUGGAAGCACAAAUAAUCCUGUUAUGAACUUAUUAAAAAAAUUCCGGGAAAAUGACCGGAAAAUUUCAGAGAUGACUUCUUUGCUAACAGAGAUGGAACGGUGUGAUGUGCUAGAGGAACUUCAGCCAUAUAUAGGUCAGUGAGAUGUAGCCUGAAAACUUGAAAUGGACUUAUUUUAUGAAGGCUGAUCAUAUUUGAGAAAGGCCAAGAGAAUUUGACAAUUAUAAAAAGGAUCAGAUGUCGCUUUUACUACUUAAAAAAAGAUUGUCGCUGACAGAAUGCUUUCCUCCUUUCCUGUCAAUUGUUAGUGCUUUCUGUUGCCAGUUUUCUGGGCCAUGUUCCCUGUCACUUCCAGCCCUUGGAAGGCCUCAUUAUCUGAUUGUUUUGUUUUAAUUUUUUAAUGUUUCGUUGAACCUUUAGAUGCAACUUGCACUCAAGACCAAACAGUGGAAAAACAACAAAUACUGGGUGUGUACAACAAUCUUCAUGGAUUUAUUUAGUUAUUUACAUGACGUUUUCCUCAUUUGCUCUUGAGUGUUUGAUCCUUAACACUGUCUUUUAGUUUCAGAAAUAUAUAAUAUUCCGGGUGGUGGGGAGGGGGGGGGUGUACUUGGGUUAACUUUUGCUGGGUAUGUGCCGCUGGACUUUCAGAACCCCUUCCCCAUUAUUGUCUAUUCUGUGGCCAAUUAUAGACCCCAUCUUAGUCAGUUUUGGGCAAAUAUGUAAUUUUUGCGAUCCCAUCUUAGUCACUUUCUAUUUAUGUAUCCACCUUACGUUGAAUGAAGAACACUGUACUUUUCACCAACAGUACAAACAUUCUGGUACGUUUGCUACCUGCUAAUAGGAAGACCUUUCUUACCCCAAAAAUGAGAAAAUGUGCGAUCCCGUGCUAGUAACUCUAUUGAAAAUGCGACCCCAUUAUAGUCAAUCCAGUCAUGAAAAUCUGACCCCAUCCAACGGCACAUCCCCAUUAGCCUCAUAUAAGGAAGUACCCUCCCUGGGAUAUAAAUUAUUAGUUUAUAUGUUAGUGAAAGUACCCUGGAUGCCAGAGGGUUUUCUCUAAAAUAUGUGAAUUUACACUGUAAUAUGUUGUAUAGCGAAGCCAUAGGUAUGAUUGGUCAGGCUGAGACAUCAAGGUGCAGUGAGCCUUCUCAAUUUCAUUGUGCAUAACUUGAAGAUAGAGUAGUGUGAAAAGAAAAAAAGACACUCAAAAUUGUGACCAAUGUUUGAACAAUUUCAUUUUCCAUGCACUUGGUUAUUACCUUUUUUCAAUAAGUGAAUAAGAUUUAUUUAUGUACUAAGUAUCAUACUUAGUGCACGUUGGAUAUGAGCAGUGCCGUAGCCAGACCAAACGGCCAACCGAGGCAGGCGGGAGUUGCUAGGGGGGUUCGGGGGCAUGCCCCCCCCCCCGAGAAAUUUUGAACUUUAGUCUCUCGGAAAUGCGAUUUGCAGCGUUUUCUGGGUCUUUCGGUAACUUUUUUUCGAGUUAAUUUAAGUGGAAUUUAAAAAGCGAUAAUCAGAAACAAGCUACAUAAUCUGGGUGACCGUUAACCUCGCCAAUGGUUUUGAUCAGUAUUUGUUCAAAAAAAAUUUGAGUUAAUGUACGUAGCCCCUUGAGAUAGAUGAUAUGGUAAUUUUUUCAUAGAUAUUGACUGAAUUGCUGAAUUCUUUGUAAUAUCAUGAUGCGUUAAAAAUAUCCGAUGAUCGCUUAUGUAAAAUAAAAAUGAUCGGCGAAAUUCGUCAAAAUUUUACCGAGGCAAGUGCCUCGGUUGGCGUCAUACUAGCUACGGUGCUGAUGAGCUGGUAGAUAGCCAAUGAGGUGUGUAGGGUUGAGUUGGCUAUAAUCAUCUCAUAUCCAACAAGCGCGAGUAGAAUAAUUGUUUUAUUAAAAAUGCCCACAAAAUAUAGAAAAUUAUUCUUGUAACAACAACCGAUUUUCAGCUUGUUCUUAAUUUUGAACAGAUGCGUACAGUUAUCAUAUUUGGAGAGCAUGGUAUAAUGGCUCAUAUACCAUGAUGGCUAAGCCAAUCAGAGCUCUAGAAUCACAUUAUCCAAUGAUUUCUGAAGUUUUUAAUAAAUUAUAUUAUUGAAAUCAAGAAAAAAGGAAAAGUGAACCACUAUUGAACGUUAAACUAUAUAAUAUUUUUAGUAUUAUUACACACUGAAGAAAAUGGUCUACGGGUAAAAACAGUCAGGUUUGAUGGUCUUGUCGUGUUAUAUUCUCUCUGUUAUUGGUUGUUGCACAUGUAUGAUGUACUUACAGACUUUCUCCCAUGUCUUUUGCCUUUUUUUCUUAUAGAAAAGAAUGAGGAUUUAAGAACUAGUAAGUGUGUUCAUUAUACAUUACUGACAAUGAAAACAGUAGUUUUAGUGUUAGUUCAUUUACAUACAUUUUUACUUGAUUUCUUUUAAACCUAUUCCAAAAUGGCAGCGCGCAUGCCACUUUUCUUAAUAUUGAUGUUAGUAAUCGCCCGCUUUUCUAGGAUUGUAUCUGCAAAAUUCAGAAGAUGUUUUACUUAGAAAUGAGACAUCAAGAGCGAAUUAUCAUAACAGCAGAAGAGUCACAAACUUGUUGCCUUUUUGCAAUUAGAUGUGUACAUGUAGAUGUCUUUGAGAGCAUUUUUGAUUGAAAAUAAUCAGAAAAAAAUUUGCAGCUGAAAAAAGGGAGAAAGCAACUAAAUUAGGGUUUACACAAUCUUGAAAAGUCCUUGAAUUUUAGGGGAAGUCCUUGAGACGUCCUUAAAUUCCAUUUUUCCUUGAAGAGUCCUUGAAUUUCAGUGUGAGUCAUUGGAAAGUUUUUGCAUUUUCUUCAACUUUGAAUGUCAUGGCCUGGAAAGUGUUUUUUAAAAUGAAAGACAGAAUAUAUAUCAUAGCUCAGAGCAGUUAAAGAUGAUUUACAUGAAGCGUUUUUUGCUUAUGCAAGAAUCAACUAUCAAUAAUUUAAGACAAGUGAACUGAAAAAUGUAGAGGAGGUGGUGAGGCAAACAGUUCAAGCCUUAAAAGCCUGUUAGAAUGGACAGGAAAUGUGUAUUUUUGUACUUAUCUGUGAUAUUACAUUCCUGGUAGGUAGUCCUUGAAAUCUAAUGUGGUCCUUGAAAAAUGGUUGCAAUUUUUUGUAUGAAUCUUGUAAUGAUGAUUAACUGUUGACAAGACCUUCGGUCUAAACUUGAUCAGCAUCAUAGUCACAUUUUACCUAUUAAGUGAAUAUUUUCCAUCAUGGGACAAAUCAUGGGAUGGUUAUCACACUGUUUUCCUGAGAGGUAUUUUCUUGCUAAACUUAGUGAUAUAUUUGUGUAUAUUUUCUUGCUUUACUUGGCACAUUGCACAUAUAAUCUGUUUUCAUGUGUUUUAUGUUGCAGUUCAGGAUUGGUAUCAUGCAUUUGUGUGUUCUGCCAAGAAGGACCGUGCUUUUGUUGAAAAACUUGUCAAAAAAAUGGAGAACCCACCUUAUAAAUUGAAGCUUUGUUUUAGUGAGCGUGACUUCCUUGGUGGUGGCUAUCACCUUGAAAAUACUGCAGUAGCCAUAGAGAAACGGUGCAAAAAGUUUAUAGCUGUGCUGUCAAGCAAUUUUGAUGACAGUGAAGGAGCAACGUUUGAAUCCCACAUUGCAAUGAGCCUGUCUGCAAGUUAGUAACAAUUGUUGUUUUUAUCUUGAACCAUCUCUCCUCAUUAACCCUUCAAACCUCAGUAUCCACAUACGAAUUACUCAAACUUAUCUCCAUACAUCGUUUAUUAGUUGAGAGAAUUUGAUUAAGGAUCAGAGCAUUUUCCUUUUGUGAUCAUUUCAUUUAUUCUCAUAACCUUUUUAACUGAUGGUGAAUUGAUUUUGUUGGGAGAAAAUUGAUUUUGGUCACUCUUGCAGAGAUUUAAAUGGUUUAAGCAGAGUACAAGUUUUAUUGUAUUCCACUCUUUUUACAUGAUAAGUCUUUUUUAUAAGAAUAUAGAUGCUGAAAUUGGCGAAAUGUUAAGAAUGUGUUAAGAGUAUUCUCAAGGCUGUUAAAAACAUGUUGGUGGAAAAUAAAAUACACAAAAAUCGCAACGUUUUAAAUGAACUUUAUUGAACCGUUGAAGAGUAGAUUAGUUUCUUUCCAUUUCCUAGGCUAAAAUGUGCUUACAAGACGAUAAAAACUGGUACUACAAAUUAUUAAGCACUUGUGUUAUUUAACCCGAUACACGAGCCAUAAAUACAGUACUCUCUAAUCUCGGGGUCAUCUAAGAGUGUACACAUUCAAGGAUAUUUUUAACCUAACGUUGGCAGAAAAAUAAGAAUAUCCAGCAUGAGCGUGAAAAACACGUUCUUAUAUUUUAAAAAGACUGUAUAUAAAUCAGUAUAUAAAAUGAACAAAAACAUCUACGAAUAUAGCUUGACUUAUCCUAGGAGUGCUCAGGGCAUAAAAAUAUACAAAGUGAAAUAAGUUAACUUAACUUCCAUCUUUUACAUUUGUAAAUCGGUAUAUAAAAAUCAAUUCUUCAUUUUACUUGUAGCAUUAACGUCAAGAGAUGUUGCUAAUAUUUACUCUUCAUAGUAUUUUGCUCCUCUUUUAAAUAUUGAGUGGCGCUUAUGUAAGCGAAAUGCACUCUUACCAAAACCGCUAAGAUGGCUAUUGCCGCUUAUUUUACAGGUGAAAAAAGAGAACGCUACAUCCCUGUUCUCAUUGAAGACAGCUACAGAAACAGGAUACCCAAGACAAUAAAACAUCUCUAUCAUCUUGAUUAUACCAGGAUAGACCAGUCAAUCUUUUGGAAAAGAUUAGCAGACUGUCUGACUACAUAGCAUGAAAGUUGGCAGAAAGGGGGUUGAUUUUUGUGAAUUUCGGAAGUAAUAAUGCAAACCAUUGUUAUUUUGAGGCCUUUUUUCGGAGACAGUGACGGAAGUUGAGAAGGUUAGUCUAACUUUUGCAAGUUGCAAUCCAUUCCUUUCUCGUUAUCCAUCCAUGGCCAGACAACUGUGAAUGUUGUCAGUGUAUGCGUAACAUUUCCAUCAUUGUUAUAACCUCGACACUUACAUGAGUGGAGCAUUUAAUAGAAAGUUCGCCUUGUAAAGGUGGGAUGCAUUCUAAGAUACCCUUGGGAAUUAGUAUUUCUUUAUACCCGUGUGAAACUAGGUUAUCUUUCAAAGAUAUGCUAGUUUGCCACCGGUAUCUCAGAAUUCAUUCCACUCCGUACAAGGCGGAAAAAUACAAAGAAAAAUUAAGCCAUGAUUUCAACAAAACCCGUGGAAUACCGCAGAAUAUGUAACGGUUUUCAUUCCUCUGAUUGGUUGUAUUCAUGGCUUGAGAUGCAAGGUGAAUAUAGAAACAGGUAUUGCACAUGUUAUGCAAAGCGCUUUUUUCUACUAAUUUCCACAAAUUGAGACAUUUUUGUUGGUUCAAGUUGAAGCAAAGUCCGGUUGUUUUUUCAGUCAUUAAUCAGCAACGAUGAUUUGAAGUUGUAUCACUUUUCAAUGUAGUAUUAUCGGUCUUGUUUAAUGGGUGUAUACGGUUUCCGAAUGGAGUGAACGUAGUCUCGUGUUUGAAACAUUCCAGUUUAUAAAAUUAUUAAUGGUAAAUUUUAAACGCCGGCAAAUUUAGCAUGAAUAUAUAUAUUUUUUAAAGUUCGCAAACGUUUUUAUUGUACUCUAUUAGACUGGUAUGUCCUGUUUGUAUAAUACCUUAUUAUAGGAAAUUAGCCCUUCAUGAAAUUAUCGCGUUGAUUUCCGUGCCGUUAAUUACGUGGAGCGUUAAUUUCCAGUUAAUACAGUUUUGACAUACGUUUAGGGAAAGAACCAAGAACAACAAGUCUCAACGAGUUUUGUUGUUUUGUGAACGUCGCGUUAAGAUCCUUCAUUUUUCACGUUUAUUUCCUUUAUUUGAAAAUUGUUUUACACUAAGUUGGAGUUAAUUUAAGUCGCAUUAAUUUCCAAUACCUCAAUUUCAUGAAGCGUUUAUUCCCUAUAAUAAGGUACCAAGUAUUUUAUAAAGCUCCAACGUCACUCAGUCAUGGGCUCUGACGUUGAUGAAUUAGAGAUAUACGUGAAGCAUACUUGACAUAGUGAAAGACAAAAUUAAGUCAGAUUUACGGAGACGUGUUUCAUUUCAAGUCACAAGGAAGUGAUGGAUCAAGGCUUUGAGGUAAAGCCGGGGGGCGGAGGGGUGCGGGUGCCCUUAGGGGCGGCCUUCACACCCGGUGCCCGAGUACGGUACCCGAAUACGGUACCCGCUGGGCACUGUUGUGAACACACCUUUUUUUAAGUACCCACGCCAACUUUCGGGCAUUAAAUUGACCACUGAGUCGCUGCGUGCACACCAUUUAUUUUAGUUCGGAAGCAAUCCACUGCUUUGUACUCCGUGUGAAGCCCACGUUCCAAGAUGACGUCUGACAGUGUGAAAUAGAGCUUCAUAUCAGGUUCUGAAGGUGUGAACACAACACCAUUUUGUGCCCGCUGUAUCCAGGCACCAAGUGUGAAAAGCCCCUUACUAAAAAGAAUUAUAUCGGUGGCUAGCCUGCGUGCAACAAAGCAGUAGGAGACGUCUGCUUAGUGCAGAUUAUAUAUCGGCAGCCCCGGUUAUGAUCUAAAAAUAAGCUGUGGUUCCCUUUGCCUU